CCGCAAGCACUGCGCCAUGUUGUUUAUGCGGUGUACGUCUGUGACGCAUUCUAUCAAGUUUCGUGCAUAGAAGACCAACAAAACGGGCGUUUUCGUCGUUCAUACCGUGGUUCAGGAGCUCAUACAACUCACUCAGCGGUAAGUCAAGGUAAAGAACUGUAGACUCUGAGGAAUUACGAAAGUUACGAGUUUGUGAAACAGUACCAUGCCUCCGCGCAAAAAUAUUGCGCGCCGGGGUCGUAAGUCGGCGACUCAGGGCAGAUGUGCGGGAACGCCUGCAGCGUGCGCAUCCGGCACGACAGAGCAGCUGGAAAGCAGCAAGCUAACAGCUGCGGUCGUAGUCGUAGAGAAGCUAUCUGAUUCUGUCGUCGCCCAAAAGACGCCGGCGUUGCCACGCAAGGCGCCCGCCGAGGCUUGCGCCGCCAUUGAGCCCAGCGCCAAGAAGAGCAAGGUGUCGGCCGCCCUGGCUGCAGAGCCUCAGCCCGGGCCUGAACUGGCGGAUUUGGAAGACGGGGCAACCUACGACGAGGUAUCGGAAGACGGGGCAAGCUACGAGUACGUAUCGGAAGACGAAGAGGCCGAAGUCGAGGAGGAAGACGCCACGUGCGAAGCGCUGGUACUUGACGCCGACGACGACGAGGGCGGCUCGCCGCGGCCUAGCGACGAUCAGAAGGCGGACGACGAGGACCACAAGAGCAGUGCGGAGAAGGACUCCAUGCCUGCCGAUGCUCAGAAGAACGCUGAAGAGGACAUCGAGGAGAACGCGGACGGUGCCGCCGAUGCGGAGGAAAUGUGCGACGAGGCUGCACCGGACGACGAGUGCGGUGUCCAUGACGGGAGCGCGGAGAACGUGAACGGCGAGGAGUACCCGGAGGUGGACGAGGAGAUUGUUGAAGAAGAGGCUGGCGAGUCUCAGGACGGCGAAAAGGAAGUCACCGAAGUCAUCGAGGAGGAAGGAGAGGAAGAGAACGCCGCAUGCGGUGGCGGAGAUGUUGUGGAAGAAGGAGAGGGCGCUGAAAAUUGGCAAGAAGCAGCCGAAGGCGCGGACGAGGAAGUCGAGGAAGGCGCGGAAUAUUACGAGGAGGGCGAAGGCAUAACCCAGGAUGGCGAGUGGGACGAAGAGGUGGAAUGCCUCGACGCUGACGAAGCCGAGGUCGUCGAUGACCUGUACGAUGCUGAAGGUGCAGAGGGCGAAGGCGGCGAAGCAUACGCUGGUGAGGAAGAGGGACAGAAAGGUGACGACGCAGUGUGUGCUGAAGAUGGACAAGGUGACGGGGAUCACGUGAUGGAUGCGCCCGCGGUGCACGAUGAGACAGCUCGUGACACUCCGACAGUGCUUCGUGACACUCCACGUGACGGAGCAACGAUGGAAGGUGCCGGUGAGAAUGAGGCUGAAGGCUCUUACGUGCGCAGUGAUAUCGAGGGCCAAGGAGGUGAGGGAACCAUGGACGCCAGGGAUGGAGAGGCAUUGGCAGAUGAGACAAUGCCAGCUGAUGACGGUGCCGAGGAGGAGGCAACCGUGGAGGUAACGCAGCUGGCGGAGCUGUGCCCCACUGUGGUCUUCGAGCAGCCCGAGGUCAUCACUGAAUCAUUUCGCAACAGCAUCCAGAGAUCAGUACGGCUAUUCAUUGAGCGGCUGCUGCGUGAUGCUAAAGAGUCGGGCCCAGUGGCACAGUAUGGAAUUGCCAGCCAGGGUGAGAAGGCGGCGUACGGCUGCAGCCUUUGCAGUGUCCAGAUUGAGCAGCCCGAGCAGUUCGACUGCCACGUUGAGAGUGCACGGCACAUCAAGCGCCUUCGUUGGAUGUACUUCAUGGGUCUCAAUAAGGCGCCGAGCAAGUUCUUCUGCCGCGUGUGCCACAUUUCGAUGCCCUGCCGGGACCACGUGAUCGGACACCUGCGCAGCGAAAGGCACGUGUGCCUCAGCAAGGCGCUCAAUGUGCACCCGGGCUACACCGAGUACCUGCUGUUCCAGCACUUUGACAGAGCCAAGGUGGAAAGCAUUCUCCAGUCGCUCCAGCUGCCUGCCGCCAGAAGUCAGCAGGCGGCCACCACCGAUGAGGGGAAGGGCCAGAGAGGAGCAGAUAAGCAGCUGGAUACGAGCGGGGUGAAUGCAGGCGGUGGACAGCAGAAGCAGGCCAGCCAGGUGUUCCCAUUCUGCUGCGACUUGUGCCACGUCUUUUUGCAUCGCGAGGACCAGCUCGAGGAGCACUUCAAGGGUAAGAAGCAUCGAACUAAGCUUGAAGAUUUGGUGAAGCAAGGAAAGCUGAAGCAAGCCACCGAUAGUGGGGUUGUGCAGGGGGAAGGAGCUGCCAAGGAUGCUGGCAAGCCUGCAGAUGCCAGCACUGGAACCUCAAGCCCUAGCAAGCAGGCCAGCCAGAAAGGAACAACAAGCAAAGCGACAGACAAGGAGCGAAAGGACGGCCACCACUCGAGAGAUCGGCAUCCGAGGGACCACUCCCACAGCAGUGCACGGAGGGGUCGGAGCAGCUCGAGGGACCGGAAGGCUCGUACCAGUUCCAGGGACGGCCCUUCCAGAAGAGGGGACCGUAGCCACAGUGCUGCUCAUGGCAGCUCCGGCCGUAGCCGCUCCAGAGACGGCACGUCAUUGAGGAAACGAUCCGGCCGAAGUACUUCGAAUGCCCCAAAGGAUGGCGUUAAAGGGAGCAGCAGGACUUCGAAGAGCGAUGCCAAGGGCUCGGGAAAGUCGGCUUCACUGGGGGAAGCUAAGGCUCACGACACCAAGAAGGAUGCGCCCGAAGGGGGCUCGGCUGAAGAUGGCACCAAAGUCGAAGGCGGCGAGGAACCCAUACUUGCCAGUGCAGGGGACGGCACCGGAGAAACCAAAGAAGAUGCCACUGUCCUCAGUGGCAAUGAUGCGGCCGCAUCAUCAGAAGCCAAAGGUGCUUCAACCGACGCCGAAGCCAAGGGUGAGCCAAAGACCGACUCCGAAGGCACCACCACGAAAGACCAAAAAGAAGCAAGAAGUGAGCACGCCAAGAAAGACCGCGAGGGCAACUCCAGCGACCGUUCGAGAACGAAACGUAGGCGGCCGUCACGCAGCCGCAGUCGUAGUCAUUCCAGAGGCCGGCCCAGAACUGGACUCGGGCCGAGGCCAGCUGCGAUCCCGAGAGAUCCAAAGCACAACGUGCGUCGAAUUUCCCCGCUGCGCAGGUACGUGCGGCGAGAUUCCCCACCAGUGCGGAGAAGGCCCGAAAUCCACAGCGAGUCGUCUCGGGGCUCCAGACGGUCGAGAUCACGUUCCAGGGACAGAGCGCUGAGGGGGUCACCGCCUGGGACCUACAACUGCCACACCUGCAACCUGGUGCUACACUCGAAUCAGGAGUACCAUGAGCACUUUACCUCGCGGACACAUCGCCUUGCUCUUAGCUCACAUGGGCCUGGCGUGCCCGGCCGCAAACGAUCACGCUCGCCAACGCCCCCCUUGCGCCACCGGUCGCCACGAAGAUCGCCCCGCCGGUCCCCGCGUCGUUCUCCACGGCGGUCACCUCGGCAGACUCCGCGCCGGUCCCCAUGCCAGUCACCGCACCAUUCGCCACUCCGGGUGCGGUCUCCCCUGCGGGAACACUGGGUGGGUGGACCACUGCGCAAGCGUUCUCCGGAUGUGUUUGGUGACCGUGGCCUGCCUAGAGACAUGUUUGCACAGAGCCAGAGUGCACCUGGAGCUUUUCCCAGUGGCCUCGCUGCUACUCAGCCACCACAGACUGGACUCCUGGAAGACUACACAGAACGUCGUGGUGGUGUCGGGAUGUCUGCGAAUGCAAACACUGUCGCGGCCACGCUGGAGACCAUGAUCCAGCUCCAGCAGAGGCUGCUCUCCAUGACGGCUGCCCAGCAACAGCAGGCAGUGUCUACCAGCUUGGUGGGAGCCGCCAGUGCUACUGGCGGGGCAGGGAUUACGGGGUCAGCGGGCUCUUACCGAGCCGACGAGUUUUCGCCCUCGUCCGGCCUGGACCUGCAGAAGAGCCUGCAGCAGCUGAGGCAAAGCCAGCGCUACAAUGUGGGGUCCACAGCACCUUACAGUGGCACCACCUCUGCGGGAUCCCAACCGCAGCACGUGCAUCAAGUGGCACAGCCUUACGGAACUGGUUCCACAGGGGCGCCUCUGCGGGACGUCGGUUCCAGCUACCAGAGUAGCACCAUGGAUGCAUACUCCAGCAAGAAGGGGCCUCCAUACGGAGCCACGGCUGGUACUUACUCGCAAAUGGGAGCCCCGGCAAGCAGCACGUAUGGCACAAGCGCAAGCGCAUAUGCCAGCAACUCUAGCGCAAUGAGCACUAGCAGCUUCACGGGGAGUAGCAUCUCCAGCGCCCUCACGCGGACCAACGACUACCGCAAGAGCAGUCUCGGUCCCACGGCACCCAUUCCAACCAGCUUUGGACGACUGCCACUGGGUCACCUAGGGCGCGGUGGCCCUGGCAUCAAACGCUACUGAUCUAAGUCAGCGCAGGAAAAGCAGGAUCCUUUUCCCCCACCAUUUGGUUGCUUCUAAUUUGUGUACAUAUCCUUCACUCAAUAAAGAAAAUGGUCAUCUGUUGCAUAA